ACCCGCGGCCGCGCAGCUUCUCGGCGGCCGAGCUGGUGCGCGCCGCGCCGGGCCCGCUGCAGCCCUACCUGCGGCUCAUGCGGCUGCACCAGCCCGCCGGGACGUGGCUGCUGUACCUGCCAUGCACCUGGAGCAUCGGGCUGGCGGCCGAUCCCGGCUGCCUCCCGGACUGGCACAUGCUGUCCCUGUUCGGCGUGGGGGCCGUGCUCAUGCGGGGCGCCGGCUGCACCAUCAAUGACAUGUGGGAUCGCGACUUUGACAGAAAGGUUGCAAGGACAGCAAGUAGACCCCUGGCAGCUGGAGAUAUCUCCACUUUUCAGUCCUUUGUUUUUCUUGGGGGACAGCUUAGCUUGGCACUCUGUGUGCUUCUGUGUCUGAAUUACUACAGUAUUGUUCUGGGAGCAGCCUCUUUGUCUCUUGUGGUCACCUACCCUCUGAUGAAGAGAAUAACGUAUUGGCCACAGCUGGUUUUGGGACUUACAUUUAAUUGGGGAGCCCUUCUUGGCUGGUCUGCCAUCAAAGGGUCGUGUGAGUGGUCUGUGUGCUUACCCUUGUACUUGUCUGGAGUCCUGUGGACCCUGGUGUACGAUACCAUUUAUGCACAUCAGGAUAAGAAGGAUGACAUCAUGAUCGGUGUGAAAUCAACUGCAUUACAGUUCAAGGAGGAUACAAAACAGUGGCUCAGUGGCUUCAGCCUUGCCAUGCUCCUGAGUUUGUGCGUGGCAGGGAUGAACUGUAACCAGACAUUCCCGUAUUACUCAGCUGUGGCUGCUGUAGGGGCUCACCUAGCACACCAGAUUUACACUUUGGACAUAGACAAGCCUGAAGACUGUUGGAAGAAAUUUGCUUCAAAUCGUACUGUAGGAAUUCUGCUCUUUACAGGGAUUGUGCUUGGAAAUUUGUGGAAACAAAAGGACUUAAAAAAUGUAAAAGAGACUUUAGAAAACAGAUAGUUGAAGUUAUUAUAAAUACUGAUAUUUUAGUCCUAAAAUGUAAGUACUGUAAGAAGGAAAAAACUUUUAAUAUAAAUAUAGCUGCUUUAUACUGUUUAUUUAUAAAAGCUGGUGAAAAUAUUCUUGUUUCUAAAAUCAUGCAGUUGAGAUGAUCCUACAAUGCAAGUUUUAAUUAUUUGUAAAUAACUUCAAUGUCCAUAGAAGCUUGAAUAAGUGAAGCUGCUCUGCUGGUCCUGUGUAGUGUCAAGCUUGUGUCAAGCUCUGAAGACCGAAUGCAAGAUUUUAUACAAAAGGUGUAUCUCUUAGUGACGGCACAUGCAAAAAUGCAGAAUUGUUUCAGGAUGUAAAUAAAAUCUACCUGUACAUGUUUGAUGAUCUGGUUUAUUACAAGAAUAAUUCUCAGUUUGAGUUGGAGCUUGCUGCGUGAAAGAAUUGCAAUAACUGUUUUCAUCCUGAGAUGUCUAAAAGCAGUCAGGACUUUUGAGUGUGUGAGGUUCAUAAUAAGUCAAUAGAGAAGUAUUUAGGAUUACCUUUUGCUCUUGCUGUGAUUGCUGACAGCGGGUGCUUCUCACGUGAAAAGAACAGGUCUCUGUGAAGUUGCCUGCACAGAGUGGGCUGAGUUUGUUUGCCAGGAGUGACUUGAACACAGACUACUGACUUCAAACAAAAAUGGAGUAGCCCAGAACUAUUGCCAAGUGUCCAUGACUGCUGGCUGACCCUGAGGUACAAAUUUGUCAUGCUACGUGUUGUCAUACUUCUAUUUUUUAAUUCCGUUUGUUUUGACUUAUUGCCUACUGGGUUUAUUUGUAGUCUUACAGGAAGAACUUGUUUCUAGGAGGAUGCCUAGAAGCAAUAAAAAUAGCAAGUGCAGGCUAACAGUUAAAUUGCUUAAAACUGUUCACGUUUUCAAUUGGCUUAUGCUCUCCCAGUUCCACGAUGUGCAUGGUGUUUAGCCUUUUCUUUGACUCCUGGUGUUAAAGAGCUUGUAUGGCAUGUUGUGAAGUCGAUUUCUGUGGAAGGAGGAGCAGGCACAGCUGUUCUGGGAUAAUGAUGCAGUGGAGCUUACCUGAGUUUCCAUACUGGUUGGCAAGGCAAGCACACUUUUCUCCAUGGGUGACUGUGUAUGCCUGCAUGUGGGGCUGUGGUUUGGUGAUACAGAAUUUGGUUGCCAAGCUCAUUAUGGUAUCCCAACCACCUUUUCUGAUGUCUGCUCUCCUACUUGAGUGGUGGGACACAACUUGUGUGUGCAGUCACAGCAAUAACAAGGCUCAGUACUGCUCUGGCUCCAAAGAUGGGAAUGAUAUUUUUAAGGUUAUUUAAACCAGUAUUUCUGAGAGACCUUGCAGUCCAGAGCCAUGUGUCCAGGGUUUGCUAAGGGUAAUUUUGCACUGCCAGUGAUGGUGAACAGGCAAAGCAGUUCUUGGUGCAGGAAAAAGAAAGCAUCUAACGAGUCAGUGGCUUUGGUCACAGAAGUUCCUUUUUGGGGCUGGAACUGCUGGUUCUGAACACUUCAUUUUAAUGUACAUCCUGUCAAAUUGCUUUUUCUUUUACUAUUUGCAUCAGUGAUGUCAAAUACAUUUUAAGCAAAUCAGAAAUAGUAGAUUUUUCAGCCUGACUGCAUGUAAGAUAGAAAUACAUGAAAAUAUUAGGAAGUGUGACUGCUUUUAAGUCAUCCUCAAUCCUUACACAGAAAUUGUUCUUAAGUAAGUUUUAUAAAUUUGAGGUGGAGGAAGCAUUAAGUUAAAAAAAAAAAGGCAGUUUAAAAAUACUGUGUUUCUAAACAAUUAUGUGAUGAAGUUGCAUUUUGUAGAGGGAGAAUUGGAUGCAUCCAACUCCAUGUUGAACUUUCUUUAUAAACCAUUUACUAGUAAUUAAGAAGUCUUGUGAUGUAGUUAGGAUGGAUCAGUUUCUUAAUACUACUUAGUAUCAUCUCAAAGAGGUGGCAAAAGUUAUUCAUCCAUUUUUAAUACAUUGCAGUGUCUUUGAGAAGCUCAGAUUUGGGAAGAGCUCCCAUUUUGUAGUGCCUUUGAACUUACUGGUGUCCUUUGUCCAAUGAUGGCUUAUCACAAGCAUUUGUCUUGUAAUGAGAGGAAGAAGAAGGUGUAGUUAAACAGAGUAAAAAUUGAAGUUCCAAAACAGUCCUCAUGUCCUAAACUUGAAAAUCAUUUCAUGUUUUCUGUGGGAGUUUUCCAAGUUCAUCUCAAAAUGCAUUUUACAAAGAUAAACCAUAGCUGUGUUUUAGGUUAAUUGCCUGAAGAACUGAGGAAGGUUGAGGUUCUAGGCUGUUUAGUACUGAGGAUGUUAUUUGCGUGAGCAUUUUAUGAUUAAUACACGGAAAUAAGAAGUAAUUUUUCAAGUGCAAAACAAAAAAAGCUGAGCUACUUCCUGAGUAAAACCCUGUUUGGCAGGUGUGGGUGCAUCUUCUCCUUUCAUUCCCAAGCUAUUCUAAUUCUGAUCUUUACAAGGACACUCUCUGCUGUAUUUAGAUACAGUCUACUAAAAGUUCUCAAAUAGACCUGUCUCUAAGCAUCAGCUUUAUUAUUAGGUAGUGUGCUUUUGCAUAAAUAAACAGUGUCCUCUGGAAGUUUCUCCUCCACUGUCAAACCUUGCCUUUCUUGUUAUCUUCCUUUUCCAAACGUUCCUCCACAGGAUAUUGAGAUGAUAAAUGCUUUUGCAGGCAGCAGGAAGGUCAGAUGUGCCUGGCAAGGGCCUACUGAAACACUUCCAGUUCCUCUGUGGACCAGAAAACUGGGUAACCAACACCAACCCUUGCCUGCACGUGCUCCCAUUGUACUUCGUAUCAAAGCAAGAACAGCUCUUUGUCCAGGAUUAGCCCUACAGAAGUAGGGUGCUAGUUCCUGCAGGGAUGCAGGGAGAGGUUGCCAAGGCAUCCCUUCAUGGUGGGGCUGGAUCUUUUCCUUAGGAGCCCACUUAACACAGUGGCACAUGAGAGGCUUCACGCUCACCUUUGACAAGGGAGGGACUCUCCAUAGGGUCAGCCAAGGCAAACUGUGCCUGGAUUUUGCUAUUUGUCUGUUUCUUGGUAAAUAUGGAGGUGGUAAUGAAAGGGGGCCAGAUUUUUUCCUCUGUUUGAAAGUAUUUGCUGCAGGUACUUGGCUCUGGAGCUGCGGGGAGCAAACAGCUUCAGCCAAAGCACACAGGCCAGCUGGUCUGGCUGGCAGGAGCUCAGCCCCAGGGGCCACCAGGGCAGCAGGUCAGGCAUGUUGCCAGCCACUGGUAACCUGGCUUGGCAUUGAACAAAGGACAAGUUGGUUCAAAGGCACUACAAAAUGUGAGCUCUUCCCAAAUCUGAGCUACUUAAAGUCAUAUCACAUAAUUGUUCAGAAACUUACUACUUUUCAUUUUUAAUAAAAAGGGGGCUUGACUAGGUCAGAAAGGUGUGUCUGUGGAAAGAUCAGAGCAUCCUCGGGGUCACUGAAAAGCCAGCUGAAAAUUAAGGUACCACAUCACCCGCACCAGCACAGCGCUGUGAUUAGCCAUUAUUCAAGGGAGACACUGAAAGCACAACUGUUGUGAUGAGGGACUGGUGUAGUAAGCAAAAUGUAGAGAAUGUAUUUUGUGGGCACUUUGUUAUUUCCUUUUGGCAAAAGCUGGGAGAGGGCCAUUAGUUUAUUUUGAAACACUUCACAGUACAAAUACCGUGAAGACAAGCUCUGUUUAAACUUCAAAACAAAGCAGACAAGAAAAAAUGGGGAUAUUAAUGGAUAAUGUGAAGUUUAGGUACUAGCUGAAGGCUCCUGGAGUACUGGAGAGGUGAGUUUCCUGCAGUGCCUCCCUGUAGUUUGUGGCAGAGGCAAAAGGCCAGAGCAAAUUUUAACGGAGUGUGCUACAUGCAGUACCAGAAUUACAAAGAAAAUCACAUAAGAGACAAUUUGUUUUACAGUACUUCUCUUUUCCUGCCACUUCCAGGCAGCUGUACAUAUGUGAUUUUGUCUGAACAGAGCAGAAGGGUGUUGUACAAUUAAACCAAAACGAAACCGACAACAAAAACAGUAUUCAAUGCCAAGUUCAAAACUUCUAAAAAUACAGCUUUAAUUUCUGGAAGAGGGAGUGUAAAUCCACAUCCUAAUGAAAAACAAACGAAACCCAGUCCCGAAUGCUUACAUCAGCAGAACACAGUUCCUCUAAAUUGCAGAGCUUGGCUAUGGCAGGUAGAGUAAUAAGGAAAUACACCUAAUAUAAAGAAGUUGCUUCACCUGCAUAAAGAACAGAACCAAGCCUGUAACAAGCUGUGAGGGUAGUGGGGAAAGCAAUGCCCAUUCUGCAGGAUCUUGGGGUUUUUUCCUAGGCUGACAUCAAAGCAUUUGGAACGUUCAGCUCUGAAUGAAAAGUAUCUCACUCUCAGAAAGUCCCUGAAAGGAGGUUGUAGGCAGGUGGGAGUUGGUCUCGUCUCCCGGGUAACAAGUGACAGGAGAGAAAACGGUCUCAAGUUGUACCAGGUGAAGUUUAGAUUUGAUAUUAGGAGAAACUCCUUCACUGAAAUGGGGGUUAGGCAUUGAAACGGGCUGUUGAAUGAAGCAGUGGAAUCACCACCCCUGGAAGUGUUCAGAAGGUGUGAGGAUGUGGCACUUGAGGACGUGGUUUAGUGGUGAACAUGGCCGUGCUGGGUUAGGGGCUGGAUUCCGUAAUCUUAGGGAUCUUUUCCAACCUUAAUGAUUCUAUGAUCUCUAUAGAAGGGAAAUAAUUUUACCUCCAGCUUAACUUUGCAAGCAGCAGCAUCAGGGGAGUGUUUCGAGGAGAAGUUUCAACAGCGUUAGGUGGCUGCUUAAUAGAAAAACCUGUGUGCGUUUUGUGUUGCCUCUCAUGUGGCAGCAUGGCCAAAUAUUUAUCAGACAGAUUUUCCAGCUUCAUUAGAGCUUAUUUUCUCCCCAAAACUGUCAUGUUAUUAACCACUUUUUCAGGGGAUAUAUAUAAAUGGCAAUAAAAGUACUUGAGAGAAAAUAGAGGAAAGCACAGAUUUUAAGUGCAUUACAGUUGUGCUUUACUUAAGGGACCUUGAAUUUAUUUGCUUAGAGAUGACAAGAUCCUUUUUCCCCCCUACUUCCGCGUGCAUGACACUGCACAGUGGGUGCAAUAAGGCAGUAAAUGAUACUGCACAGUGGGUGCACUAAUGCAAUAAAUGAAAGGUUUGGCAGUCCACUGGAAAGAAUUGUGCUGACUGUAUCUGUCAGGUGAGGGACUGAGGGUUCCCUGCCUCCUUCCUCCUUAGGAGGAAGACCCAGGGCAGAAAGCCGAGGCUGUGUAAGCACAGGUUGUCCAUGGAGCUGAAGGGGCUGAGGUUGCUCUUGGCUUGGCAAAGGACAGGCUGAAGGUCUAGUGCUGCAGAACAAGGAUGUAUCACUCAUAGUGGGCACAAAGAAUGCAAAUUUUGUAGACCACAGAGACACCUGGCAGAAAUCCUAAGAUGAGGAAGAAACUAACUGAGCCAACUCAUUUCAACUGUGCUGAAACUGCUGCUGAAAGAUUUCUUGGGGAGUUCAGUGUCCCUGUAGAGGAUAACUUCUUUUUUAUUCCACACUUCCUUCAGCUUGAAGGACUGACACACUGACAAAAAAACCAAGGGAAACCAUUUUGAACUUCAAUUUCCCAAGAUGUUGACUGCCAGGAGGAAGUGAAAAACGGAAGCAAUGGAGAAGAGACUUCCAUGUUUUGCCAUUUACUGUUUUAGCGAGCAGUACUUUACAGUAAAAUGACUUGCACAAGACAAUAAAAGAAAUAGUUGCUCAACUGUGA